ACUGGAGAAGAAGAAACAACCAGGAUCAGAACCGUUGGAACUGUCUGGGGCUGGGUUAGCUCCGUUCCGUUGCGAGGGCUUCCUGCUACCCGCAUCAUCCACUGACCAGGAUUAGACGACACGAAUCGGAGCGGAGGGACACCAUGGCGUUCACGUUCGCGGCCUUUUGCUACAUGCUCGCGUUAUUGCUCACGGCGGCGCUCAUCUUCUUCGCCAUCUGGCACAUAAUUGCAUUCGACGAGCUCAAGACGGACUACAAAAAUCCCAUCGACCAGUGUAACACUUUAAAUCCCACAGUUGAAAAGGUCAAAAAGAUUAAACGAGUCAAACUUGCCCUGAAGCUGGUGCUCCCGGAGUAUCUCAUCCACUUCUUCUUCUGCGUCAUGUUCUUCUGCGCCACCGAGUGGCUCACGCUCGUCCUCAACCUGCCGCUGCUGGCCUACCACGUCUGGAGGUACAUGAGCAGACCCGUGAUGAGCUGUCCGGGACUGUACGACCCGACGACCAUCAUGAACGCCGACAUCCUGGCUUUCUGUCAGAAGGAAGGCUGGUGCAAGCUGGCCUUCUACCUCCUCUCCUUCUUCUACUAUCUCUACGGCAUGAUCUACGUUUUGGUGAGCUCGUAAGACGGGAAAGCACGGAUGAUGACUGCGAAAUGGGUCGGGACGCUCUUGGAUCUCGGAGCUGUGUGAACACACAUGCACGCACAUACCACUGGCACACAUUCAAGGGAGCGGCCAGAGAUGACCACAAAUCAGCAACACCAGGCGCCAACCUUGACUCUCUCGGGGCCAACAUUCUACGGACAAACCCGAAAAGGACAAUUUUGUUCUUUUUCAUCCCCUUCUUCCCCCCCCCCCCCUCCUCCUUUUUAGGUUUCGUGGCGGCCGAUGGUAGCUUGUCGACACAACCUAAGAGUGCUUACAAAUUAGAUAUUUUUCCCAUCUGUGUUUUGACAGCUAGAUUUUGAAUUUGGGCGUGGUGUCGCCAUGGCAACCGGACACUCGACGUGUUGAAAGUGUACAUUUGCCCAAUUUGAAAGGUAGACUUAACAGUUGGCACUAGCUUGAAACCUCCUCGACCAACUGCGAAUGAGCUCUACUCUUUGUGGUUUAUUGUACUUAUUUCCCCUCUUCCGAGUUUAUUUUUGUGUCAUUUUUCUUUUGGACGUCUCCGGCACUCCUCGCUAUGAGCCAGUCUUGAUGCUUUAGAUGCUAGCGGCAGCGUCAGACAGGUUUUUAUUGUCAUGUGUUCAUUGUGUCCAGAAACAGGGUGAAAUCUAUCAUGUCGCAUCACCUAAAUGUCACUUUUAAGAUCAGUUAAGUUUAUAUAAUGAAAAUAAAACCAUCCCACUCUG